UGAGGACCCAGCGGGCGUGUGUUUAGUCCCACAUCGGUUAUUUGCUGGGUAGAUCUUGGGUACUUAUACAGGAUCAAGGAACCCAAAUAAUAACUUCCGGCUAGCCAUUUUGGGUGAGGUCUUGGGUUGUUACAAAACUGGAGGAUGGGAACUCGCACGAAAGGGCUACAACAACUACCUUAACAGAAUCUGAACAAGCAAUUGAAGUCUCGUUACAUGAACAGCCUAAUGGAACUGCCACAGAAGAAUCAGAAGCAACUUCUCAUGAGCAUCUUGUUGAACAGUUGGAGGCUGACAAAGUGCAGCCAACUCUCUUAUCAUCAGACGGUAUUGCAACAACAGACCAACCCGUUGAUUCAAAGGUCAAUAUAAAAACAAGUGAUGUAAAGGAUGUGAAAGUUGAUAAUGUGAUUGAAAAGGUCAUAGUUGAUGUCUCAAACCUGGCUGAUUUUGUGGGCAAACCAGUAUUCCAUGCCGAACGUAUAUAUGAUCAGACUCCAGUAGGAGUUGUCAUGGGUCUUGCUUGGACUGCAAUGGGUGGUUCAACAUUGUAUGUUGAGACCGCCCUAGUGGAGCAAGGAGAAGGGAAAGGUGCACUUCUAUUGACGGGUCAGCUCGGAGACGUCAUGAAGGAGAGUGCGCAAAUAGCUCAUACCGUAGCCAGAGCAAUAUUGCUUCAGAAAGAACCAGACAAUCCAUUUUUUGCAGACUCCAAGCUCCAUUUGCAUGUGCCGGCUGGUGCUACCCCCAAGGAUGGACCAAGUGCAGGGUGCACCAUGAUAACCUCAAUGUUGUCUCUUGCCAUGAAAAAGCAUGUUAAAAAAGAACUUGCAAUGACUGGUGAAGUAACAUUGACAGGACGGAUUCUCCCAAUUGGUGGGGUAAAGGAGAAGAUAAUUGCUGCAAGAAGAAGUGAGGUGAAGACUAUCAUAUUCCCAUCAGCUAACAGAAGAGAUUUUGAUGAGCUUGCUGCCAAUGUGAAGGAAGGCCUUGAAGUUCACGUCGUAGAUGAUUAUAACCAAAUAUUUGAGCUGGCUUUUGGAAGCAACUCUAAGCCACAAAUCUAAGUCUCUGAUCCACCUGUAUUGGGUCUUCACAUGUUAUAGUUUUCUUGACGACUGCAAGAAAUUCCAUGGUAGUUCUUCAUGAUGCAGCCACCAUGGACCAAUUCCAAAGAGUUUUAGCCUUUUAUUGAGGUCAUGGACAAUUCCUAACGGGCUUCCUAGAGCAUCCAUGAUUUGAAUGCUUGCAUGUACUGAUGCCUGAAGAUUGUUUAUUAAUUAUGUCUUACAACCUUUGCGGAAAAAAAACCAUAGCACGGCUGUAUUUUUUGUGAUCUUUUCUGGAGGUGGAUGGUGGUCAAGAUAUAAAUACAUUAUUUCGGCAUUUUUGUUUUCAUCAAUACUCAAAUGUAAACUACUCUCAAAACCUAAAUUUUUUAUUCAUUCAAAUGUAUGAUGAUAGCUGAUUAUUAAUUUGAUCAUGUUUGCUGGAUUGGUUUCAACUUUCAA